AUGUCAGCCCAUACAUCCUCCCUUGUACUCAUCCUCCUAACAAUAGCCCUCCUCACGACACCCAGCCUCGCAUUCGGCGCCGGCUUCGUCGCUCGUGGAUCUCCUCAACAAGGUACCAGCUUCCGACAUGGCGACAUCCUUCUCGCCGUCCCUUUCCUCGCAAAAGUAAACCGCCGUCUGGUCAAGACAAUCUACUUCGGUAACUGGCUGCGGGACUUCAGCCAAUUGCUAGACACCAGGUCAUUAUCUCAUGUCCCAGAACCAAUCCUGAGGGUACUGGUCGCUGUCUUCGGGGUUCUGCAAUUCGGCUACUCGACUCGAGAGUUUGAGGUCACGUCUGAACGAUUGGGGCUGUACAGGCCGCGUCAUCAUAUCGACAACCCAAAGGGCUACGAUGGCGGUGGUGGAUCGGUUUCGGGACUGCAUUAUCACGUGCUUCCGGAGGAGUAUGUGAUUGACUCUGCGAGUGGAAUGAAGAAUUAUAUCGCCAAUACGCCACCACGGCGCAAUGACGACGAUGUUGAGGCGAAGACUCCUAGGAUCGAGACGGCUGCGGAGUAUAUCGAGGACCAGCUUAUUGCGGCGGUCGCGUGCGGGAGGAGUGGCGAUGCUGAGGCAUAUCUCCAUCUAGGCGCGGCUUUGCAUGCCAUUGAAGACUUCAUUGCGCAUUCGAAUUGGCUUGAGCUGUGCUUGCGGAGGCUUGGGAAGGGCGGGUUCGAUGAACACGAAAGAACAUCGUCGGAGCCUGGGGGGAAGGCUCCCGGUCUUGCGAGGGUGUUUCCGUUUGUAGGCGACGCUGUCAGAGUUCCUACCAUGCACGGACUCGUUCCUCCGUUGGUAACGGGCACAUUCGGCGCUGUGGAUCUGUAUCAGACUAUCCUUGGUGAGAUUGACGACAAGCUCACCACCUUCAACCUACCGUCGCUGCGGGCACGCACAGCUAGCUCAGAUGGUGUACUGUCUGCCGUGACCAAGUCUCUCCUCGGCAUACUCAAGGAUCUCGACGCUCCUUUCGAGAAAGACGUCAACAGCGUUCAUAAAAUGGCGAGCAACUCAGAGCCAGCAGACUGGGGCAAGCUGCAAGAGACGCCGGACCUGCUGUGGCAGUCACUCGAACCCUUCUUCCGCCUCCGCGACAACAUCGUUCGCUGGACUUACGAUCAUUUGACCGUUCGUGCUGUACAAGAUGCUAUCGCCGCUUUGUCAACGGCCGUUGACCGGCUGAUAUACACCGCGCUGGGAAUCUUCUUGCGUCCAGUGCUAGAUCAGAUUGCAACCGGACUGCAGGAGCAGGAGGCCGCUCUGCUCGCUCAGGAGCGGGCGAUGCGUGAUAAGUCUGUGUUUGACAUCGGCUCAACCGUGCAAGAUCCCAGCCACAGCGAGCUGGCAAAGGACCAUUAUGGCCACCCGCUCAAUGAACUUGCGGGUCGUGUUGCGAGUAAGAUGACAUCGUACACGAUAGCGAAGAUUGCUUCGCUCUGGCGGCCUGAUGCCACGCAAGAUGUGCGUCCCGCAAUUGACGGCGUUCUUUCGGCUCUGCACCAUCCUGAGUUGACCUCCCGCGAGUCUCGCACGGAGGUGCAGACUGCAAUGCUUGCGGAGGUCCGGCGGUAUGUCGUCGAUCGCGUGCGCGAUGAUCCUGCUGGAUUCGAAGCCUUGCUCGUCAGCCUGGACAGAGAGCACAUGGCUGCCCGGCGUGGUGAGCAUGAAGCCGCUCAUCAAAGCGCCAAGCAGUCUCACGGUGCAGAGCAAGAACAGUCGCCCGUGCCACAGGCAUUGGCUUCUCGGAUAGCGUUGAAUCUGCAGCGGGCAAGCGACGAUGGUCAUGUCUCCUCACCUGCGAUCUCUGGGAUCGAGAAGGCGCUGCGUGCGGCACCGAGCAACGAAGCGCCGAAUCCGCUUGAUGCUGCUAUGGCCGGGCUUGGUGGCGUUGGGCUGAAGGCGGCGUUCCAGGAUAUUGGGACGAGUGAGAUGGCUGGGAUACCCGGCAUUGGAGAGGUACUGCGAGAUGCAAUCGUGAUGACCCGGAUGAUGGAGAUGGAGGAAAACAACAUGCUGGAUAUGGGAGGCGAGUGGAGCAAGGAGAGGUGCAAAGAGCUGAGUGACAUGAUGGAUGUAGGGAAGAAUAGAAAGCAGGAAGAGGAGAGGGCGCAGAAGGAGGGGAGGAAGGAGGAGAACAAAGUGAGUGCGUUGAAGGAGGGACUGAUGAAGUUGAAGUUGAAGAAGUGA